AUGGUAGCGGUCUCUCAGUCAGGCACUCCUAAUAUGUCUUCUGGGCCACUUGGAAUGCUACCACUUCCUGGGUCUGGCUCUUCUAGUUCAGCUAUUAAUUCUUCUGCGGGCCAGGUCAAUUAUCAUAGCAUGUCUAGUUUGGUCCCCACUACCACAAUGUUGGAUUCUUCCAGCAACCUGGAUAUAUAUUCUGCUCCAAGACAGCAGUAUCUCCCCCAGAGCUAUAGCUACAUGGGAUUUUCACGACCGCCUGUGUCGCUCCAAGCUCAACCACAGUCACACCACCACCAGCUUCAGCCCCAAAUACCCCAACAGUCUUCUUAUAAUCACCAACAACAGUACCACUCACAGUCUUCACUUCAACCAACUUCACAGCAUCAUCAACACCUGCCACUCCCUCAACUACCACAACUUAUAGAUCCAAAUAGCAGUUUAUCAAGCCAAGCCCAACAUAGUCUGUCGUCCUCUUUACCACCACCUCCUAUUCAUCAUGAUGAGUAUACCUCACACUUGCCGCCACCGCCACUUGCCAAUAGUCACUCUUCCAAUACACUCAGUAGCAUGGGGAGUAUGAACUCGCUGUCAUCUUUCAACGACGAUAUGAGUACAGAUGCAUCGAUCAACUCACCCUCUGCCCAUGGCUCUCAAUUGCAUCAUCAGACAUCUAUCGACAGGCUGUCUGAUCACACCUCUCUCCACGACCCCAACUCCCUACAAUCAAAGCCGCUGUUGAAAACUAAAGCAUCGUCCUCAUCAAUUAUUAACAAACGGAAUCAGCAGCGCAGGAAAAGUUCUUCUCAUAACUUGCGCAAGACUUCUCACAAUUACGACAUCAUGGCUGCUAGCAUGCCGCCUCUGCCAACUGACAUGGAGGACAUGCAGUAUGCUCGUAAACCAAAAUUCUCUACUGAAGAUGACGAACUGCUUAUCAUGCUUAAAGAAGAAAGAAAAUUGACUUGGAAACAAAUCGCCGAGCACUUUGAUGGCCGCACUGCAGGGUCAUUACAAGUCAGAUACUGCACAAAGCUUAAGCGACCAAAGACUCCUUCUUGGAGCGAGGAAGAUCUGAAUACGCUAAAAGAUGCAGUUCACGAAUACGAAUCGCAGAAGUGGGGAGUCGUUUCUGAAAAGCUUGGAAACAAGUAUCCAGCAGAUAUCUGCCGAGAUAAGUAUCGGCAAAGUUUGAAAAAAGAUAAUCAUUCCGCUAGACCUACUACUCCUCGAAUCAACAAUAGUCAACCUCCCACUUCACACUCGUCAGGGGGUAUGCACACUGGUCCUGACGCUCAACACCAAAACCACGCCCUUCAAACACCUCAACCUAUAAGUUCUAUUCCAAUGAUGCAUAACAGCGGCUUCUUACCGCCCAGCUGA